AUGAGGCAACCAAACAAGAAAUUAAGGCUGCCAUCUUUGGUGGGUAGGAGGAAGAAGGAAGGGUUCAAUUUUAUUAAAGAAAAAGUAUGGCGAAAGUUACAAGGUUGGGAAGGAAAGCUCUUAUCUCAAGUCGGACGUGAGGUUCUCAUAAAAGCGGUCAUUCAAGCUAUACCAACAUAUGCUACAGGAUGCUUCAAACUCCCAUUGGGUCUUUGCCAUGAAAUUGAGACCAUGAUUAAGAAAUUUUGGUGGGGCCAAAGGGGGGAUAAAAGGAAGAUACAUUGGUUGAAGUGGGAUGAGUUAACUAAAUCAAAAUUGGAGGGGGGUAUGGGAUUUAGAGACAUUGCCAUGUUCAAUGAUUUCUUAUUGGCAAAACAAGCUUGGAGACUCUUGAAAAAUCUCGAGUCCUUAUUUUACAAAGUCUUUAAGGCUUGCUUCUUCCCAAAUUGUACAAUUAUGGAGGCUAAACACACUAGUGGUGGUUCACAUGCUUGGAAUAGUAUCUUAAAUGGAAGAGAUGUCUUACUUAGGGGCUGCCGUUGGAGGAUUGGGAAUGGCAAGGCAAUGAGUAUAUGGCAACACCAUUGGUUGCCAAGGAGGCAUCCACCACAAGUUCUCUCACCUAUGGUUGAUACAUUGGUAGAUGCAAAAGUGACAACUUUGAUUGAGGAAACUUCUAGGCAGUGGAACCAUGAGAUGAUCGAUGGUAUCUUCACCCCUUUGGAGGCAGAGUUGAUUAAAGCCAUCCCACUAUCAUGGUGUGAAGCAGAGGAUAGUUUGUUUUAG